AUGUCACCCAAUAAGACACCCCCUGCGCCGACUGUUCCGACGGCGAUCAAGAGUCGGGAGGAGGCUGUUGCUGGCGAGGGAGUUGAGCACGCUACUUUCGCUAGCGGGUGCUUUUGGGGAACAGAGCACCUCUUCAGCAAGCACUACUCGCACCUUCCUCAGUUCAAGGCCGAGUCGGGCUACACUGGCGGAGAUGUCAACACACCUAGCUACCGCCAAGUCUGUUCGGGAAGCACCGGACAUGCUGAGGCCGUCCAGCUCACCUACCAAAAAGGAUCGGUCGGCUAUGGCGAGCUCGUAGAGUUCUUCUACAGGACACACGACCCGACAACGGUCAACCGUCAGGGACCCGAUAGGGGAUCUCAGUAUCGCUCGGCCAUCUUCUUCCAUUCGCCAGAGCAAGAACAGGUCGCCAAGCAGGUGACCAAGGAGGUGCAGGAGAAGUACCUCAAAAACAAGCCGAUCGUCACUGAGAUUGCACCCAUUAGCAAGUGGUGGGCCGGGGAGGACUACCACCAGCAGUACUUGGACAACAACCCUGGAGGGUAUGAGUGCCCGACGCAUCAGUUCUACUGGUAG